AUUUACAACAUACAUAACACAAGCGUCAGUCUAGAAUCGCGCGCGAAACGACACGGUCGCGUCAAACGGCGGCGCCAUCUUGUUAAAAAAUACGGCCAUAGUGCAUUCCCGCGUUUUACCCUGUGAACUGUCAAACUGUGCUAUUUUCCCGUAAAACUAAUUUGUGUUAUAUUUAGUGUUUUUUUAUAUAAACAAAAAAAAAACCAAACUGUCAAAAAACACAACAAUUUGGACAUAACAAAACAUAACCUAAAAAUCUUAUAGUGAUCGUGUAGAAUAAAGAAUAAAACAGUUUUUUUCAUAGAGAAAUGUCAAAAUAAUUUACCGCAAUGGACAAAAUUGUUAAGAGUGUUAAAUCCUGGCGUCAUCCCAGGCCUGCUGAGGAGUUGUCGAGAAGCCAGUAUUCUCUGGUGUCCACCGAUCUUACUGAUGGAGCUGUUCAGUUGUGGUUGGGGCUACCUGAUGAAGUCAAAUAUGAUCCCGCCCUAGAGCAGUUCAGGCAACAUUAUGAAAAGGAACAUGGAGGCAAUGGCAAUGGGGUACCUCGUAAGACCAAGAAUGGCUCCACAAAGCGACUGCCCUUGGUCAACUCAGCACCGCACCUCAACAACAACCUGCAGCUUCCAAGAGACGAGGUCGUGUUCCUCAACACCACCUCCAAGUGUCCUUCUAUUGAUGAGAAGAAAGAGAAGAUACUUGAAGAAGUUCCUGAACCAAAGAAGCCUACAAAGACCGCUCGAGCCGGACACUUGGUGAAGAUGACGAUGCUGGUGGCUUGCUGGAUGUUCUUUACCAUCGUGUUUCUGCUGUACAAUGAGAAGGAGGAAGUCACCAGGCAUUCUUCUGUCGCGCCUGGAGAAAUUAAGAGUUAUCCUCUACACACGGCUCAGGAUCUCCUAUCAAUAUCCCUAAAGCUCACCGGACCAUUUUUAUCAGAACAAAGUGAGAAGAAAUUGAAUGCCAGUCAAAUGAUGAACAUGGGGAAAAUGGACGUAUGGGUGGAGGGGGUCGCAACUGCUCUCAAGAAUGAAGUUAAUAGGUCCCCUCACUGGACAAUCAUGUUGGAUCCCGAAGAUGAGAUAGAUUUCACGGAGGGUGAGACUCGGACCACCGUCCUCAAAAUGGACGCGAAUCCAGGACCUAAUGCUAGUUACUUCUUAAAGAUGAAGACCAAUGUGAACACAACGACCCCAUUCGCGUUGAGUUAUACGAUGGACCCCCUGGAUAUCUCUACUGGGGUCAUCUAUGCCUGUGUGCUUUUGGGGGCCCUCUAUGUGCUGAUUAUUUUUGAGGUUAUAAACAGGACGAUGGCAGCAGUUCUGAUCUCCACUACAUCAUUAGCAGCUUUAUCCAUAGCUGGUGAAAGACCGACGCUACCCGAGCUGAUCUCCUGGCUGGAUGUGGAGACUCUGCUCCUACUCUUCAGUAUGAUGCUGCUUGUCGCCAUCAUGGCUGAAACUGGACUGUUCGACUUUCUAGCUGUUUUUACUUUUGAG